CAGUGGAAAGAAGAACCAAAACAUUCAACAAUCAAUCAGAAAUCGGUCCAUCAUCAAAGACUUGCCGUUCAUUUUGUCAACUUCUCCAGCCAAUCCCCGUUCUGCGGAUACAAGCCCGAUGUCAUGGGAACUUCCGAAAACUUCCGAUUGAAAUGGAAUGACUACGAAUCAAGUGUCAGCGGUGCUUUUCAAGAACUUCGUCAGGAGGGCGACUUCUUCGACGUGAGUCUCUCUUGUGAUGAAAGUCACGGGCGAACCCUCCAGGCCCAUAAGGUGAUCUUGUCAGCUUGCUCAACCGUAUUCAAGGACAUGCUCAAGGAACAGCUGACCUUCUCCUCACCCACCGCCCACCUACUCAUUUACCUACGAGGCGUGCGAUACUCGGAACUGUCCUCCAUCUUGGAUUUCGUCUAUCAAGGCGAGGUCAACGUCCAUCAGGAUAGCUUGGAUUCCUUCUUGGCUGUGGCUAAAGACUUUCAAAUCAAGGGCCUCAUCCAACGAGGCCAAAAUAAGGAUGAGGGCCAUACAGGUCCCUCGAGAAAAAGGCAUCGAAAGAGCAAUUACAGCUCUAGUGAACCCGUGGCACCGAUAAUAAAGGCGGAGGGCGAAAAUUUGGCGGCUCCGGUUGAUGUAUCGGAUUUCUUGGGUACGGAAGACGGUGAUAACAGCAUGCGUGAGAAUGUGGAUCAGUUAGAUGACACGGAUGGGGAAAGCUCAUUGGAUGCGUUUGAUAGCUUAAGAGAUCCCAACCUGACUGAAGAUCUGGACAGGGAUCGCGUAAUCACAACUUUGCCGGAUGGACGCGGGUACUGUGCGUUAUGUGACUCUACUUUCUCCAUACUCGGGAACGCUCGCAAGCAUUUUCGAAAGUUCCAUCAAGGCCAAAGUCAAACGUCGCUUAAGCCACAAGUAUUCAAAUGCCAUAUUUGUCGGAUCAAGUACGGACAUUUGGAUCAACUUCGGAUUCAUUUGAAGAAAGCGCAUGACUUCAUCAAAAAAGGAAUGGCCCCAAACAUUAUAGAGUGAUUGGGUACUCAACUUUCCCAUCCACUAGCUAUGUUUUGAUUGAUGAGUUGUAUCAUGAAAUCGCGUUUUUGAACCUA